CUGCUUUCAUAACUCCAUCUGAACUACUUCGGUGUGGUUUGCGAUGGUCUGCUGGGUCAGGGAAGGUGGGAUGAGCAGGUCCUGAAACUGUUCUAGGCCGGGACGCUGGACGUGCAGAGGUUUUGCGUUGUGCGCCUUCACUGGACCAUGACAUGGAGCGGGAACGCGAGCACGGCCUGGCGCACAGGGUCACUGCGCCCCGCUACAGUCUCCUGCGGGAGGUGGGCAGGGGGACGUACGGGGUGGUGUACGAGGCUCAAUCGCGGAAGUCUGGGGCAAAGGUGGCGGUGAAAAAGCUGCGUUGCGAUGCGCCGGAGAACGUGGAGCUCGCCCUGCAGGAGUUUUGGGCGCUCACAAGUUUGGAGAAACGACACGAGAACGUAGUGCAUUUGGAAGAGUGCGUCCUGCAAAGAAAUGGUCUGGCCCAAAAGAUGAGUCACGGCAACAAGAGAUCCAAACAAUACCUGCGUCUGGUCGAGACAUCUCUGAAAGGUGAGAGAGUUCUCAGCAGCCCCGAUGAACCCUGUUAUCUCUGGUUUGUCAUGGAGUUCUGUGAAGGGGGUGACCUUAACCAUUUCAUACUGUCUCGCCACCCUGACCCUCAGACCAACAACCGCUUUAUGCUGCAACUGACCAGUGCUGUCGCCUUCUUGCACCAAAACAACAUCGUCCACCGCGACCUCAAACCAGAUAACAUCCUCAUCUCUCACAAGUCCGGCUCACCUGUGCUCAAAGUGGCUGAUUUUGGGCUGAGCAAGGUUUGUGCAGGUUUUCAAAACAGGGCUGAAGGUAAAGAAUGUGAAGACGGCAACAAAAAUGUCAAUUUGAAUAAAUAUUGGCUGUCAUCCGCAUGUGGCUCUGACUUCUAUAUGGCCCCAGAGGUAUGGGAGGGCCAUUACACUGCCAAGGCUGAUAUUUUUGCUAUGGGCAUCAUCAUCUGGGCCAUGUUAGAGAGAAUCACCUUCAUUGACGCAGAGACCAAGAGGGAGUUGCUCGGGACCUACGUGAGACAGGCAGGGGGCAUUGUACCGGUGGGCGAAGCACUGCUGGAGAACCCUAAGAUGGUCCUCAGUAUUCCGCAGAAGCGCAGGUCUCAGAUGGGUGAAGGGAUGAGGAAGCUGCUACGGGACAUGCUGGCUGUUAAUCCUGCAGACAGACCUGACGCCUUCCAACUGCAGACCAGAAUGGACCAAGUCAGCUCUGCCUGACCCUUAAGAUUGUGAUGUCACUUCAAGCUGCUGCUUUCUGCCUCAAGGGAAAAGCUGAAGAUGGACAAAGGCUUUUUUCAACAGAUUCCUCUUCUGCCUUAAAAGACCAUAAGAUUCAGAUCAUCUCACCCAGAACUUGAUAAUGAAAUGUUUGUUAAAAAGGGUUGUGGAACAUUUUGCAUUCUAGAUCUAAAGUACAGUAUAUUAUGGUAUAACAGUAUAAGAUUGACCUUAUAUUGUUGUAGCGUAACAGCUUUGUAUGCUUUUUUUGCAAAUGAUUGUAGCUUUUAGCAAUAACUGACAAGACUGGUUUUAAUGUUGUUACGAUUACUUCUUCUGUUUACAUCAGAGUAUUGGGAGUGUGCGGUGGUUGAGGCAUUUGCAUGCUUUGGUUCACUUUGUUUCACAUGUAUUAUUCGUGGUACCAUGGGAUCAAGUGCUAUUUAUUUUGAAUUUGUAGUGAACCAGGUCCAAGGUGUGUUGACCCAUUCAUUAACUGAUGAUGGAUUACCAUUAGCGUGCACACUGUAGCACCCUAAAAUUAAAUGUGCUCUUGAUCUGGAUGUGCUUUGACUCAUAUUAAGGUUCAGUAUGUUUCUGACUGUGAACCACCGACUAUGACCAGAAGUAUCCAAUUUAUCAAUAAAUUACAAAAAUUAAACAAAUUAUUUUAAUCAGUUAAUUAUAUAUAGAGUGCAUGGUGCUUCCAGUUGGAGCACUGAUGUCAUCACUUUGUUUACACAAUGCCUUUGGUUUUAAGUGAUUAUCAAGACAGAAUGUUUAACCCGUGUGUAUAACUGUAAUAUGCAAUGUAAUCUUAUAACUCUGGGGGGAGUCUUUGAAAGUUUUGCUGCAGGUUUAGCACCUGUACUGCCUUAAACUAAAUCUUGAUGAUUUAGGCUUACUACCUCAUUUGGAGCCAUUUUCUGGUGCACUCAUUUCAGCUUUUUGUUUACCUUGGGAAAGUAUUUGUGGUGGGGGUAAAGUGAUGCAGUUUUUGCACACAUUUUGAUUACUAUAUACUUGAAUUCUAGCCUUUUAUUGUGUAUAGUUCUAUGUAUAUUUGUUACUACUCAUUAAUUCCAACAUUCGGAAUUUGUGUAGAGUUAAAAUAUUUCAUGACUUUUUGACUAGUUCUGGGGCACGUCAAGACUUUAACCUGUUUUCUUGUCAUGCAAAAUAGUUUACGACUCCUAUUUUCAUGGUUCAGCAGAUCUUACAUAGGUGAUUAUGCUGUUUUUUAUGCCAUCUGCCCAC